UGUUACGGCAACUUAUUGCUGUAUCAGAGUACAGACUGCGAAUGCCGAAGAGAAUCUAUGGAGAGCUCUUGCAUUUGUACACUGAGAAGGUGUUGGAGAUGGUGCAUACGAAGAGCACACGUACUGAAGAAGGAUUCCGUAAUGCAUUGACCAUGUUCACCCUUCUUCAGAAUCCACCUGGUGACUUUCCUGAUUCACUGCGUGAUGAGACAGUGGACAUGUUUUGCCAGAUCUUCGAGCGGUUGAGAGACGAGGGACGUAUUGCCGAGAAGUUGGUGGCAGCGCUCAAUGCUUUCUUGUUGAACCAGGGCCUAAAUUUGGGUGAUGGGGUUGCUUCCAUCCAUGCAAGCUUUCGUGACUUCAUGGUCAGAGCUUGGCUGACUACCCAUGAUCGCAAACUUAAGGAGGGGCUGGUCCUGUAUGGACGGCUGCAAGCCCGAUUGCGAGGUGUUGUGCUUUUGAAGGACGAAGGAGCUAUUGAGGAACUGCUGGAUCUUGUAGAGAAGGAGCUUGAUCUUUCUGGGGCUUCUGCUUUGGGAGGGUCGAGUUAUCGGAGCGAGGAUGGUGAGCUGGGAACUGCAUCAAAAAGGCGAAAGAAGGAGUCACUUUUCCUUCGAAUGAAAGAGAAGCUGCUGGCGGGGAAAGGGCCGUGGGUUGGGGCAGUCUGUAGUCUACUAAGAAAGCAUGGGGUGGAUAUACCUAUGCAUUUGCUGGUGAGCUGGAUUCAAGUGCUGGAGCAGCAAGUACCGAGUAGGUCCCCAUGGAGUGCACCUGUCCUCUUCGAUCGCAAGAAGGAUGACACUCUCCGCCUCUGCCUCGAUUAUCGCGGUCUCAACGAAUAUACGGUCAGACAUAAUUAUCCUACGCCCCGUGCGGAUGAUCUGUUCGAUCGCCUCUCCGGCCACCACUUUUUCACAAAGAUUGAUCUUUGUAGCGGAUAUCACCAGAUCCGCGCAGCCGAGGAGGACCAGCCUAAGCCCGCUUUCCGUUCUCGUUUUGGGCACUACGAGUUUACCGUCAUGCCUUUCGGUCUCCGUAAUGCCCCUGCCACCUUCCAGACGGCUAUGAACACGAUGUUCCAAGACCUUCUUGAGGACUCGGUUCUAGUCUACAUUGACGACAUCCUGGUCUACAGUCGUAUCUUAGAGGAGCAUCUGACCCACCUUCGCACUGUCCUCCAUCGAUUACGCGACCAUGGGUUUUAUGAGAAGCUCUCCAAAUGCCACUUCGCUCAACCCAAAGUCGACUUCCUUGGGCAUCAGGUCUCCGAGCACGGACUCCACAUGGACGACUCGAAGAUCCAGGCCAUUGUCGACUGGCCCACUCCUACGUCUUUUCCUGCGCUGCGUAGUUUCCUUGGGUUGACCAACUACUAUGGUCACUUUCUUAAAAACUACGCGCAAUAUUCUUCCCAGCUUACCCCUCUGACCUGCGGACGUCUACCUUUUCAUUGGACCCCGGCUCAUGAGGAUGCUUUCCGCUCUCUCAAGCGGCUUGUCACGUCAGCUCCUGUCUUACACUUACCCGACUACUCGCGUCCAUUCAUCGUCACCACCGACACAUCUGACUUCGCUAUUGGAGCUGUUCUCUCCCAGAUCUAUCCAGCCCCCUCUACUUCUCCCGAUUCCACAGAGUCUCGCCUCCCUCGCAUUCCUCGCUUCCCUCCUCCACCUCCAGCGACUGCGGCUCAUCUUGCACCCAUCGAGCACACCCCCCCAGGGGCCCCACCCCCUUAUAUUCCUGAAGUCGCUGAUGACGGUACAGUCGAGUCUCGCGAUGGAGAGUGUCCGGUUGCUUAUCUAUCUCGACAACUACUUCUCGCUGAGCGUAACUACACUGCCAACGAGCGUGAGGUCCUUGCGCUGGUCUACGCUUUUAAGAAGUGGCGUCAUCAUUUGCACGGUCAUACUUUCACCGUUUUGACUGACAACUAUGUCCUCGCCGCCCUCCAGACAAUGCCUAAGCUCACUUCUCGUCAUGCUCGUUGGUGGCGUGACCUCUCGGAGUUCGACUUCACCAUCAAGAAGAUUUCUGGCGAAAGCAAUCAGAUUGCUUAUAACCAUGCUAUUUCUCCUGCCACUGGCAUGUCUCCCUACUACUGUGACUUGGGAUACCAUCCCCGUGUCCCAUCUGACCUUCUUCGUCCAUCUCAGAUCCAUCCCGACACCAAAUGCCCUGCCCUCGAUGACUGGGUAAAGGAGAUGGAUGCCCUCCUUAGCAAGGCUCGCGAGAGCAUUGCUGACUCCCUGACUCGCAUGGCCACUCGCGCUAACCGCUCUCGCAUCGACCAUCCCUUCAAAGUUGGCGACGAGUUCAUUCCUCUCGCCCUCAGCGUACCCAUCGACUUCCUUCUCGUUAUCUUGACUGAUCUUUAUCCCUUUUACCCUCUUUGUCUCUUACCAUUCUUGGACACGUAUGCAGCAGCUCCCGGUUUCGGCUCCUACUUCGACUUCUACAUUCGACUUUCGACCUCAGUGCCGCUCUUCAGUACCAGAGUACUUGUCGCAUUGUUCCGGACUUCUACUCGGUUCUUGCGGUACUCCUACUUCAUCCAGGCUACUUCGGUUCGACUUCAGUCUCGACACUCAUCAGUUGGAUUACUUCACUUUUUCGGGGUUGGGGCAGUCUGUAGUCUACUAAGAAAGCAUGGGGUGGAUAUACCUAUGCAUUUGCUGGUGAGCUGGAUUCAAGUGCUGGAGCAGCAAGUACCGAGCAUCCUGGCAAGUACUGCUCUGGUCCGCACAUGUGAAACACCAUGCUGGGUUUUGCGUUGCUUAGUGGAGUUGGCAAACAUAUGGCCUCUCGCUGAGGUCUUAGAAAACAAGUCUUCGAUGCGAUCGAGCACUAAUAAGUUGUCAAAGGAACAUAUGAAACCUUCUCAAGUGGAAGGGACACGGAUGCUGUGGCGGUCACUUUGGAUUAAUGUCACACAUGCAUUGCCAUUCUUUGCUGGUAAUGCACAAUUUCUGGUAAGCUGUAUAGCUGCUACUAUAGCAUUACCUUAAUGCAUUUGUUUUGCAGAAAUUCCAUCAUACGAACUACUUGGACAGAGGUCAACGGCAGGCAGCGACUAAAAGGAAAAUGGCUGGAAGGAACCACAGAAGAAUUCAUUCAACGAUUUAAGGUGAUCAAACCAAACAAGAAGAUGAUCAUCCAAGACAACUCCUAACUCCUCGUACACCUGUUCAUCUGCUAGUAAACGAGCAACCCAUCA